AUGGUAGGCAGCCCCGCCCGUUCCGUGAAGGCAGCGACCACCACGUCGACGCCAGUCGAGGAGGAAGCAGCUGCUGGGGACGGCGGCGGCACAAAGCUGUCUGCUUGGACAAGCGUCCGGCAAGAGCGGUGGGAAGGCGAGUUGGCCGUCGAGGGAGAUCUCCCACUCUGGCUGAACGGCACGUACCUGAGGAACGGCCCAGGGCUGUGGGACGCCGGCGACGUCGCGUUCCACCACCUGUUCGACGGCUACGCGACACUCGUCCGCGUCUCCUUCUCGCAUGGCCAUGCCACCGGCGCGCACCGGCAGAUCGAGUCGGACGCGUACAUGGCCGCCAAGAAGCAUGGCCGGCCAGUGCUGCGCGAGUUUUCCCAAUGCCCCGAGCCCGGGAACCUGCUCGACCGCGUGCGCGACGCCGUGGGGCUCCUCAGCGGCGCGGCCCUCACCGACAACCCCAACAGCACCGUGCUGCCGCUCGGCGACGGCCGGGUCAUGUGCCUCACCGAGACCACCAAGAGCUCCAUCCUGAUAGACCCGCACACGCUCGACACGGUCGGCAAGUUCGAGUUCACGGGAAAAGUCGGCGCCAUGAUACAGUCGGCGCACCCGAUUGUGACCGAGUUCGAGUUCUUGACGCUGCUCCCUGACCUUGUCCGGCCAGGCCACCUUUUGGUGAGGAUGGAGGCUGGGAGCAACGAGAGGAAGGUCGUAGGGAGGGUGGACUGCCGGGGUGGACCGACGCCGGGGUGGAUGCACUCCUUUGCCGUCACGGAGAAGUAUGUCGUGGUGCCCGAGAUGCAGCUCCGGUACUCGUCGACCAGCCUGCUCAAGUCCGAACUCGCCCAGUUCUACGCCUUCCACUGGCUUCCUGCGUCCGGGAGCUACAUGCACGUCAUGUGCAGGUCCACCGGCAAGACUGUGGCGAGCGUUGAGGUGCCACCUUUCAUGGCAAUCCACUUCAUCAAUGCGUACGAGGAGGUAGGCGAGGAAGGCCAAGCUGCUGAAGUCAUCGUCGAUUGCUGCGAGCACUACGGUGACCCUGCAAUCAUCGAGACGCUUGUCCUCCAGGGACUGAGGUCGUUCAGGGGCACGGACACGCUGCCUGACGCCAGAGUCGGCCGGUUCAGGAUACCACUGGACGGCAGCCCGUCCGGCGAGCUCCAGACGGCGCUGGACCCUGAGGAGCAUGGCCGAGGGAUAGACAUGUGCAACAUCAACAGGGCGCGCCUCGGGAAGAAGUACCGCUAUGCUUACGCCUGCGGCGCACGCCGGCCUUGCAACUUCCCCAACACGCUCACCAAGAUCGACCUGGUGCUGCGGAAGGCCAUGAGCUGGCACGAGGAGGGCGCCCUGCCAUCAGAGCCCUUCUUCGUGGCAAGGCCCGGGGCAACCGACGAAGACGACGGAGUUGUCAUGUCUAUCGUCAGCGCCAAGGAUGGUGGAGGUUUCAUGGUGGUGCUCGACGCGGCGACGUUCAAAGAGAUUGCGCGCGUCAGGUUCCCAUAUGGGCUACCCUACGGUUUCCACGGAUGCUGGAUUCCAGCCAAGAACUGAAGGCAACACAACCAAUUCAUCCUGCCGAUGUGUUUCCCGUUUCUGUUUUUCUUUUUUCUUUCAACCAGGCAUCGGUCCGUUCCUAUCAAGGGAAACACUUGCCAUCGUCCGGCUGAUUUCGUUCACUCACGUCGCCUGAAAAAAGUCUUAUGCGACCGUGUCGCAUGUGCCCAAACGGGAGACCCUUUUCCGCGUGCGAAACCUAGCAGACCGAAUAUUCUUUGGCUCCCCUUGUGUUGAAUCAAUAAAUUUGGAUUGCAUAUUCUAUCCUUAAAAACUGUUGUGAUACCCUAUACUUGUGGAUUAUCAGCAUCACCCUUUGCAAUGAGCUUCAUUUUCUCUCUGCAGCACAGGUUGUAAACGGCCAACGAACCGUACCUAUUAUGAAGUUGUCGACCAUUAUAUGCUUUUUGAUCCCCGCCCCUUGCAGCCCUAAUAUCUCUAUCCUCUAGUGAUCUUGUAUCCAUCUACCUAACCAUAUAAAUGCGGCCUCGUCGAGUUGAGCCAGCACGUGGUUGUGAUCGUCCACGAAUUUCGAGACGAACCAAACUCCACGUGAUCUGUCCAACUUCACCACCAACUGAACACCGCACUCGCAACAAGUCUCGGGUCUUAGCCUGCUGGUGUGGCCCUCCAUGGUUAUCAAUUUUCUCUGCUAUUUCCAUGCCCUGGAGCAAAUGAACCGUCUGAAUUGUAUAAUCCUUGAAAGACCAUUCUCUUGUUUCACCUUCUUUUUCCUGAUGCUAAAUCCACGCUCUUUGGUGUGCUUGUUGUGGAACAUAUAUGCAUCCCCCUUGACCAAAAUGUCAUAGCCAUAACCUUCGAAUGUGUCUCCAGCAUCUAUUGUUGGUAUUGAGCCGCCUCAAUGUCCAUCUCAGCUUCGUCGUCAUCUCCUCUACAAGCAUCUACGCACUCCUACAAAAUUACACAUAAAACCAUGUAAGUUAUGAUGACUUAGUUCAUACUACUGCGUGCCAUACGAAAUGUUUGGACGAACCUAGCUCAAGUUAUCCACGAAACAUUCCAGAAAAUCAUUUUGCUCAUUCUGACCAUCCACAUCUUCCUGUACAUUAAAAACAUAGACAAAUAAGUAGCCCAGUGUCCAUUGGAUUGGUGUGUCUUCUACUGUGCAUUGCGGGCGCAUCUUUGUCACGCUUUAUGCGAGAUGAAAGAAUCGAUCACCCUACAUGUGCCGGCCCAUCACAGAAGGAGCGCUGGCUCCCUAUCGCAAUUUUUUUCUGUUUUAUUACUUUUAUGUAUCUUUAUUUAUGAAAUGGAACCAUGUUUUCUUUAAUUUAUAAAAAUGUUCGCCGCCCAUUUAAAAAAUGUUCAUGUUGUGUAAAAUAAUGUUGAUGGCAUUCAAAACUGUUUCUGAUAUUUUUAAAUUGUUCACGACUUUAAGAAAAAUAUUUGUGAUAUUUUUAAAAGGUUUACACAAGGUAAAAAUAUGUCCACGUAAUUCCAAAAAAUAUAUUUUAUGCCACUAAAAAAGUUUCAUACAUUUUGAAGAAAUAUGCACUUGUUUAAAAAAAUUGUGACAUUUCUAAAAAAGUACAAUGUAAGAAAAUGUUUACGUAGUUUGAAAAAUGGUUCAUGCCACUAAAUAAAAUGUCCAAUGUGUAUUUGAAUUUUUCUAACAUCUAUUCAUAAAAAUGUCCAAAACAUUUAUUCGAAUAAAUGUACAUCAUGUAUUAAAAAAAUCUGCAAUGUGUAUCAAAAGAAUAUUCCACGUGUAUACUAAAAAUCUGUACCAAAGAAUUAUGGAAUGAAGGGAGUGCAGCGUGUACUGAAAAAAAAUAACAUGUAAAAGAAAAAGGGAAAGAGGGGGAAAUCAAAGCAAAACCAAAGAAAACAGCUAAUAAAAAGCUCAGUAAAAAUCAAAGGAAACCGAUAGAAAAGAAAAAAAAAUUAAACCAAAGAAAAUUGUGAACCAGAUAUUUGUUGACCUUAGGUGCAACAGUGUCGGGUCUUAUCUAGGUGUAGGUGAUGUUAGCGCCAACCAGUCAGCGUUCAUCAAAAGACACAAUCUUCAUGAAAACUUCCUUCUGGCCAAGCAAGUUGCAAGGAAGCUGAUUUGCGUGAAAAAGAAAUGUGUACACCUCAAACUUGAUAUUUCGUGCGUGAUUGACUCCCUUUCUUGGCCCUUCCUUUUCGAAGUUCUUAGCCACAAGAAUUCUAGCACCAUAUGGCUUCGUUGGGUUGCCCUUCUACUCUCCACGGCGAGCACCAAGUUGGUACUGAAUGGAGUUCCAAAAAGAGGAUCAUGUACUCGC